CGCCCUUCUGUGCCGUCAGGCUACGUUGAGUGAGGGCUCUUGGGUUAGUUCCUGUUAGGCCCCGGCCGGGGGAGUAGGUUGAAGUCUCCUAAGAUGCCCGGUGGGCUGGAGCACUGAGAGCUGUGAAGAAGGCGUGAGGAGGCGGCGAGGGGUGACCCGCGGCAGGCCCGAACAGCAGCGGCGGCCGAGCCCGCCUUCCCUGCACCAUGCUCAUAGAGGAUGUGGAUGCCCUCAAGUCCUGGCUGGCCAAGUUAUUGGAGCCGAUAUGUGAUGCUGACCCGUCAGCCUUAGCCAACUAUGUUGUAGCACUGGUCAAGAAGGACAAACCUGAGAAAGAAUUGAAAGCCUUUUGUGCCGAUCAACUUGACGUAUUUUUACAAAAAGAGACUUCAGGUUUUGUGGAUAAACUAUUUGAAAGUCUCUAUACUAAGAACUACCUUCCACCUUUGGAACCAGUUAAGCCUGAGCCAAAACCACCAGUCCCAGAAAAAGAAGAAGUUAAAGAAGAGGUAUUUCAGGAGCCAGCAGAGGAAGAACGAGAUGGCAGAAAAAAGAAAUACCCUAGUCCCCAGAAGACUCGUUCAGAAUCUAGUGAACGAAGGACACGUGAGAAAAAAAGAGACGAUGGCAAGUGGAGAGACUAUGAGCGUUACUAUGAGCGGACUGAAUUGUACCGUGAGAAGUAUGACUGGAGAAGAGGCAGGAGUAAGAGCCGGAGUAAGAGCCGAGGCCUGAGUCGAAGUCGGAGUCGAAGCCGGGGGCGCAGCAAAGACCGGGAUCCCAAUAGGAAUGUUGCAGAACAUAGGGAAAGAUCAAAGUUUAAGAGUGAGAGGAAUGACUUGGAGAGUUCCUAUGUGUCUGUGUCUGCACCAACUCCGAACUCUUCUGAGCAGUAUUCCUCUGGGGCACAGUCUAUUCCCAGCACUGUUACUGUGAUCGCACCUGCGCACCACUCUGAAAACACAACGGAGAGUUGGUCUAAUUACUAUAAUAAUCAUAGCUCUUCCAAUUCUUUUGGUCGAAACCCUCCACCAAAGAGGCGAUGCAGAGAUUAUGAUGAAAGAGGAUUUUGUGUACUUGGUGACCUUUGUCAGUUUGAUCAUGGAAAUGAUCCCCUGGUUGUUGAUGAAGUUGCUCUGCCAAGCAUGAUUCCUUUCCCUCCGCCUCCUCCUGGGCUUCCUCCUCCACCACCUCCUGGAAUGUUAAUGCCUCCGAUGCCAGGCCCAGGCCCAGGUCCAGGUCCUGGACCAGGCCCAGGCCCAGGCCCAGGUCCUGGCCACAGUAUGAGACUUCCUGUUCCUCAAGGACAUGGCCAGCCUCCGCCUUCUGUUGUGCUUCCCAUACCAAGACCACCUAUAACACAGUCAAGCUUGAUAAACAACCGUGACCAGCCUGGGACAAGUGCAGUGCCCAAUCUUGCACCAGUGGGAGCAAGACUACCUCCUCCUUUACCCCAGAACCUCCUUUAUACAGUGUCAGAACGACAGCCCAUGUACUCUCGUGAACAUGGUGCUGCUGCAUCUGAGCGACUUCAGUUGGGGACACCGCCUCCUCUGUUGGCAGCUCGUUUGGUGCCACCUCGAAACCUCAUGGGAUCCUCCAUUGGGUACCAUACCUCAGUCUCCAGCCCCACCCCUCUGGUCCCAGAUACCUAUGAACCAGAUGGUUAUAAUCCAGAAGCUCCUAGUAUUACCAGUUCUGGUAGAUCUCAGUAUAGGCAGUUUUUUUCAAGAACACAGACACAGCGCCCAAACCUGAUUGGCCUAACCUCUGGAGAUAUGGAUGCAAAUCCAAGAGCUGCUAACAUUGUCAUCCAGACUGAACCACCAGUUCCUGUUUCAAUUAAUAGCAACAUAACCAGAGUAGUUCUUGAACCAGAUAGCCGGAAAAGAGCUAUGAGUGGUUUGGAAGGGUCGCUGGCAAAGAAACCUUGGCUGGGAAAGCAAGGGAAUAACAAUCAGAGUAAACCAGGAUUCUUGAGAAAGAAUCAGUAUACAAACACCAAAUUAGAAGUCAAGAAAAUCCCUCAGGAAUUGAACAACAUUACCAAGCUCAAUGAACACUUCAGCAAAUUUGGAACUAUUGUUAAUAUCCAGGUUGCUUUUAAGGGAGAUCCAGAAGCAGCCCUCAUCCAGUAUCUUACCAAUGAGGAGGCCAGAAAAGCCAUUUCCAGCACUGAAGCAGUUCUAAACAACCGGUUCAUUCGAGUCCUGUGGCACAGGGAAAAUAAUGAGCAGCCAGCACUACAGUCGCCAACACAGCUGCUCCUGCAACAGCAGCAAACACUUAGUCACCUGUCACAGCAGCACCAUCACCUGCCGCAGCACCUUCAUCAGCAGCAAGUGCUGGUGGCCCAGGCUCCUCCCUCAACGGUACAUGGGGGUAUUCAGAAGAUGAUGAGCAAACCACAGACAUCGGGUGCCUAUGUUCUUAACAAAGUUCCUGUGAAACAUCGUCUUGGACAUGCAAGUGGUAACCAGGGUGAUGCAGCACACUUGUUGAAUCAGUCAGGUGGUGCUGGAGAUGAUUGCCAGAUAUUUUCAACUCCAGGCCAUCCAAAAAUGAUCUACAGCUCCUCAAACUUAAAGACACCUUCAAAACUUUGUUCAGGAUCAAAGUCUCACGAUGUCCAAGAAGUUCUUAAAAAGAAGCAGGAAGCAAUGAAGCUACAACAAGAUAUGAGGAAAAAGAGGCAAGAAAUGUUAGAAAAACAAAUAGAAUGCCAAAAGAUGUUAAUAUCCAAGCUAGAAAAAAACAAAAACAUGAAACCAGAAGAGAGAGCAAAUAUAAUGAAGACUUUAAAAGAGCUUGGAGAAAAGAUCUCACAAUUGAAAGAUGAGUUAAAAACAUCUUCUGCAGUCUGCACACCAUCUAAAGUAAAGACAAAAACAGAGGCCCAAAAAGAACUAUUAGAUACCGAACUGGACCUUCACAAGAGGCUAUCCUCAGGAGAAGACACAACAGAGUUACGGAAAAAACUCAAUCAAUUACAGGUUGAGGCUGCACGAUUAGGUAUUUUACCUGUGGGUCGAGGAAAGACCAUGUCCUCUCAAUGUCGAGGAAGAGGCCGAGGCCGUGGAGGAAGAGGAAGGGGUUCACUAAAUCACAUGGUGGUGGACCACCGCCCUAAAGCACUAACAGUUGGGGGAUUCAUUGAGGAGGAGAAAGAUGACUUACUUCAGCAUUUUUCACCUGCAAACCAAGGGUCAAAAUUCAAAGACCGUCGGCUACAAAUAUCAUGGCACAAGGCCAAGGUGCCUUCUGUAUCCACUGAGACUGAGGAAGAAGAAGUCAAGGAGGAGGAAACAGAAACGUCAGAUUUGUUUUUGCAUGAUGACGACGAUGAGGACGAAGAUGAAUAUGAGUCUCGUUCAUGGCGAAGAUGAAAUCUGAUGUGAGCUGUAUAAUUUUUAGGAAUAUUGUUUAGAAGAACAACUUUUUAAAAUUAUUUAAAGAAGUCAAUGAGCCAAAAAAAUUGUUUUUAUUUUUAUUUUCAACACAGUAGGUUUAAGGACAGCAAGUUUGGUAUUUAAAUACAUCUCAUAACUGUUCAUGAUAUUAAAGCACCAAAGGCCUAGUGACUUUUACACAGUUGUGAAGAUCCACAAGAAUGACUUGGAUAAUCUCUAGAGCCUUAUUUUUCCACACCACCUGUUUUUGUUGCUAUUGGUGUUGGAUUAUGAUGUAAAUGACAGGGUGUUCAGAAAUUUUAUUUUGGAUUAUAAUCUGCUGAUAAAAUUUCAUUAAAUGUCAAAA